UCUCUCUCCCUCCCUCCCUCCUUAUUGAAGAAUGUCCUUUAUUCCCAAGCUGGACUUGGAGUCCUAGCCAAUUUAUUUCUCCUUUUUUUCUACACUUUCAUAAUCCUAGUUCAUAAAUCUAAGCUGAUGGAUCUGAUCUCCUGUCAACUGACACUCAUCCACACAUUUCUGGUCCUCACUGGAGGGGAUAUUGGGCUUAUAGACAUAUUUGAGUCACUGAACAUUGAUAAUGACUUCGAAUGUAAGGCAACUGUUUACAUAAACAGAAUGAUGAAAGGCCUCUCCAUCUGCAUCAUCUGCCUCCUGAGUGUGUUCCAGGCUGUCACCAUCAGUCCAAGUGCCUCUUUGCUGGCAAAAUUUAAACAUAAACUAAAAAAAUACACAAUCCAUGGUUUCUUCUACAUUUGGUUUCUCAACUUGUUAUUCAAUAGCAACCAGAUCUUCUAUGUUGGGGCUUUUUCCAAUUUCUAUAUAUUCCAUAUAUCUACUUGUAUAUAUAGCAUUUACAGUCACAUCCUAUACAUAAUGCACAGUUUGUGUGCCUGUAUUGCACCUAGGGGUCUUGCCUUAGGAUCCUAUUGA